GAUGAAUUCUGGCGAGCGCUCCAUCGGCAACACCACCACUCCCUUCCUCAACCCCAAACGCAACCUCUCCAAUCCGCCAAAAUGACUGCUGCGUGGAAAGCCGCCGGCUUGACUUACAACCGCUACCUGGCCAUCGCGGCCCGCGCUGUCCGCCGCAGCCUCAAGGAGGACAAGAGAAUCGCCGCCGAGCGCCGUGGCGAGAUGGAGCUGCGCUUCGCUAAGUGGCAGGGUGGCAAGCAGGGCGAGGUCAAGGACCUUGCGAGCGCCAACACCGCCGCCAUGGCCGAGAGCGCCUCAUCCUAAUCGAAUCGACUCCUUGGAAGCGGAGGGGAGGGAUUUCUGGCGGGUGGGUUGGUUGUGACGUGAGUCCCGAGGACGGCGCCGGAUGCAUUCGAAGCGAUAGACAAGCACGGUGACGCUGGGUAGCUCGGUCCCGUGGCGCCUCUACCCUUGUAACAUAACGAUUGCUGCAAUAGACAACAAUCUACCAAGAGGAAAGUCGAUUGAUUGCGUUGUCUUGGCGACAAUGACCUGCUGUGCUGUGGUUCAGGAUGGGGUGGGUGGCGUGAUAUUCUAGCCUCCUUACUGCAACGUGAUGCUCUGCUGCAGGACAGCAAACAAUAAGUAUUUGGGUGCGCUUUGCAGUUGAGGACCGAAAAUAAAUAAAAAUAAACUCGGCG